CGGCGCCUGGGGUUAUAAAAGGCUUACGGGCUCCCUCUGCUGCCCAGUCGCGCCGCCAGCGGUCAGAGGACGGAGGCGGUGGCCCGCCCGGUGCCGGCAGCAGGGCACGGAGGAACGCGCUCGCGCCCCGCUUCCCAGGUGUGUGAACCUGUAAAAUUAUGACUUCCAAGAUGAUCCGGUAUAUUUUAAUUGUAGGGAUUCUACUUCCCCAGUCUUUGGCCCAUCCAGGCUUUUUUACUUCAAUUGGUCAGAUGACUGAUUUGAUUCAUACAGAGAAAGAUCUGGUGAUUUCCCUGAAAGACUAUAUUAAGGCAGAAGAAGACAAAUUAGAACAAAUAAAAAAAUGGGCAGAGAAGUUAGAUCGGCUAACUAGCACAGCUACAAAAGACCCAGAAGGAUUUGUCGGGCACCCUGUAAAUGCAUUCAAGUUAAUGAAACGUCUGAAUACUGAGUGGAGUGAGUUGGAGAAUCUCGUCCUUAAGGAUAUGUCAGAUGGCUUCAUCUCUAACCUAACCAUUCAGAGACAGUACUUCCCUAAUGAUGAAGAUCAGGUUGGGGCCGCCAAAGCUCUGUUGCGUCUCCAGGACACCUACAAUUUGGAUACAGAUACUAUCUCAAAGGGUAAUCUUCCAGGAGUAAAACACAAAUCUUUCCUAACCGUUGAGGACUGUUUUGAGUUGGGCAAAGUGGCCUAUACAGAAGCAGAUUAUUACCAUACAGAACUGUGGAUGGAACAGGCGCUCAGGCAGCUGGAUGAAGGCGAGGUUUCUACCACUGAUAAGGUCUCAGUUCUAGAUUAUUUGAGCUACGCGGUGUACCAGCAGGGAGACCUCGAUAAGGCACUUCUGCUUACAAAGAAGCUUCUUGAACUAGAUCCUGAACAUCAGAGAGCUAAUGGUAACUUAAAAUAUUUUGAGUAUAUAAUGGCUAAAGAAAAAGAUGCCAAUAAAUCUGCUUCAGAUGACCAAUCUGAUCAGAAAACCACGCUGAAGAAAAAAGGGGUUGCUGCGGAUUACCUGCCAGAGAGACAGAAGUACGAAAUGCUGUGCCGUGGGGAGGGUAUCAAAAUGACUCCUCGGAGACAGAAAAAACUCUUUUGCCGCUACCAUGAUGGAAACCGGAAUCCUAAAUUCAUUCUGGCUCCAGCCAAACAGGAGGAUGAGUGGGACAAGCCUCGUAUUAUUCGCUUCCAUGAUAUUAUUUCUGAUGCAGAAAUUGAAAUUGUCAAAGAUCUAGCAAAACCAAGGCUGAGGCGAGCCACCAUUUCAAAUCCAAUAACAGGAGACUUGGAGACGGUACAUUACAGAAUUAGCAAAAGUGCCUGGCUUUCUGGCUAUGAAAACCCUGUGGUGUCUCGAAUUAAUAUGAGAAUACAAGAUCUAACAGGACUAGAUGUUUCCACAGCAGAGGAAUUACAGGUGGCAAAUUAUGGAGUGGGAGGACAGUAUGAACCCCAUUUUGAUUUUGCACGGAAAGACGAGCCAGAUGCUUUCAAAGAGCUGGGGACAGGAAAUAGAAUUGCAACAUGGCUGUUUUAUAUGAGUGAUGUGUCUGCAGGAGGAGCCACUGUUUUUCCCGAAGUAGGAGCGAGUGUUUGGCCCAAAAAGGGAACUGCUGUUUUCUGGUAUAACCUAUUUGCCAGUGGAGAAGGAGAUUAUAGCACACGGCAUGCAGCGUGUCCAGUGCUAGUUGGAAACAAAUGGGUGUCCAAUAAAUGGCUCCAUGAACGUGGACAAGAAUUCCGCAGACCGUGCACCUUGUCGGAAUUGGAAUGACCCGUAGGCGUCUCUUCCUCUCCUGCUGCACUCGGAUGUGUCUGAUGCACAGUUCCCCGUCUUAACUGUCAAGAGUUUACAAGUGACUAACAUACACUCCAUGACUGAUUCAUUAUGAACCUCAUCCCGUGUUUCAUCUGUGGACAAUCACUAACUUUGUGGGUUUUUUCUUUUAAAAGUAACACUAAAUCACCACAUUGUACAAUAUAAAACCUUAAAGGUCAGUUGGUAUCACAGAGGACAAAGCAAGGCAGUUAAAAACGAGGAAUUUUUACAUUUGUUAAAGAACAUUCUGGUUAGAUAAAAAAAAAAAAAAUACACCUUACGCAUCUGAUUGUAGCAUAGCACUGCAUCUCAGUUGGUAGGUGGUCGGGUAGAAUGGGCCGUGUGAUUAAGGAAGAGAUGCCUGUAGUAUGUACCUGGUACUGUGCUUACCUAGUCUGCCUGAUUUUCCGGAUCUGCCGAAGACUAGGCGUAAACAGGCCUCUGAUCUCGGUUCCAUACAGUGUGCUCCUCCCUCCAUUUUAUAAGUAGAUUUUUUCCUCCCAAGUCCUUUUUAAAAGUAUACUGUAUUUUACCAAUCCCCCUUUCCUCUCGUAGCUCCUUUAAGGAGAAUUAAAUCUGUUUGAGGUAAAAUACUUUGAUUUAAAAAUUAACAUAAAGUCCUAUAUAACAACAGUGGGGCUUCUUAACUAAACUGAUCAUCAUUUGGUCUGUUUCUUUGUCCUUUUCCUAAAUGACUGAUGAUUUUGUCCAUAAAAUUUGCUGUUUUUCUUAAUGCUAAUACCUUGCCUCUUAUUCUUGCUACAGCAGGGUGGUGAUACUGGCUUUCUGAUUAAAUAUUGUGCCUUAGGAGACUGGAAAUUUAAAAAUGUACAAGUCCUUUCAAUGAUGAGAAAUUGAUUUUUUUAAAAAAGAUCUUUUUUCCUAAAAGGCCAAAAUGUUUUUUUCAAUUCUGAAAUGUGUUGUGACAAUGAUGACAUAUUUAUGAUCUUAAAUCUUUUUAAAAAAAUUUUUGUUUUCUGUGUCAUUUUUAUAUGUGAAUGCACACUAUAGUGACAACAGGUUACUUCUAUUUAAUUUUUUAAUACACAGGACUUGGGUUUAUCCUCUUGGCUUCCAUUCACUCUGGUAUCUCAUUUUUAUGGAAGAAAAAUCUAGGCUUUCAGAACUCUCAGCUAUUUAAUCAACCUAAAUAUGUUUCCUUUAAAGGGAGCUCUAUGGUAAUGGGGUUAUUACAGUAAUGGUACUUAAGACUUUCUCUUACUAAACUACAUGGUGUGGUAGUAUAAAGCUGUGGACCUAUUGAAGUAUGUUAAUGACCCCUUAGACUAACUUUUUACAUUUCUUAUGGUGAAUCCUAGCUCAUACAAGGCCUCGUUUUCCUUUAUGCAAUAUUUAAAUAUUUAAGAAAAAAUUUGAUUCUCUGGCAAAGAAGGUAUUACUUUUACCAAUUAAAAAAAAAAGGUCAGUGAUCCUUUUCCCAGCUACCCUUUUGUUCCACCACGACUACUUUAUAAAAAAUACUAAGAGAAUUAAGUUCAGUACUUCAGUCUACUCAAAUUUUGUGGCCAUAAAUGUUUUUAAAAAAAUUUUUUUAGAAGGAAGCAACGUUACUUCAAAAAUUUAGAAAUAGCACAGCUUGUGUGGUUGAGCAUAGACCUACCUCCUAGGAGGUCACUGUUCCAUUCCGGGUCAGGGCACAUGCCCUGGUUGCGGGCUUGAUCCCCAGUAGGGGGCAUGCAAGAGCCAGCUGAUUGAUGUUUCUAUCUCUCCCUCUCCCUUCCUGUCUGAAAUCAAUAAAAAUAUAUAUAGUAAUAAAAUAGGGUUCAAAGGAUGGAAACCAACCUUUAUUGCCAUGUGUUUUAGCAAGUGGUGUCAGAAAGAAAUAACAUUCCAUACUCUUAGAUUUCCCUGGUAUAUUCAACCCCAUGUGGGGAUUGAUAAACUUUUCAGUGUUAGAUCUUACAGAACCUCUCAAGUUUCAUAAUUACUAUUUUUCUCUCCAAAUGAAAAGAACAAAAUUCCAGUAUAAAGCUUUGGAUCCAGUAA